AUGGCGAACGACGAUAUCCUCACCGACGAGUAUGUCGCCGAACUGCUCGCCAAGGAAGCAAACGACUGCUCGCUGAAAUACUCGAGCAUGGGCAUGGACGCGUUCUGCUCCGACAAGAAACCGGCAAACAUGCCCAAGCCAAACACGCGAUUCUUGCGACACAUUAUCAAGGACACUAACACACACAACAAGAACCUCCUUGCGAAGGAGGCCGCUGAGUCGCAAGCGCGCUUGAAGAACCUGGAGCACGCCGAGGAGAAGGAGCGGAGGAAGCGCGCGGGACCACAAGACAUUCGCAAGCGGCAGAUGGGAGACAUCAAGGCCAUUCUGGGCGGGCGCAGGGAAAAGUCUGAAAGGUCCGGCGACAAGUCGCACAAGGACGACUCUUCGCCGCGCAGACGACCCCGGGACAGGAGAAGUGAGUCUCCCGAACGAAGCAAGAGACAUCACCGGAGGAGAGACGACUCGGGCUCCGAACGGGAAGAUCGCAGGAGACAUAAAAGCGACAGGCGGAGAUCGCGAUCACCGGAUGAUAGGAGACACCGUCACCGGUCACCCCUCAGGAGCAAGGACCUCCUGUCCAAGUCGUACCGGUCUGGGAAGGAGCGUAGAGACGAAGACAGCAAGGAUUUGACGUCAAAGAGUCACCGAUCACGAAGAGACAGGAGCAGGGAGAAGGAAGGAUUCUCGAUCAAAGGGCACAGCAAGCGAGCGGCGAAGCAGGAGUCACCCGCGGCGGCAUCCGACUCGGACCCUCUUGAUGAUAUCAUCGGCCCCGCGCCGCCUGCUCCGGUCCGUUCACGGGGCCGCGGUGCGGCGGCAGCCUCGUCCGGCAUCGACAAACGCUUCGAGGCGGGCUACGAUCCCAAGAUGGACGUGGAGAUGGAGGAUACCGGCGGUAACAGCGCAGAAAACUGGGACGACGCAGUGGAGGCGUUCCGAGACAGACAGAAGUGGCAACAGAACCAGGAACAGCGGAUGCGGGCGGCGGGGUACGGCGAGGACGUGAUCAAGAAGUGGAAGACGGGCGACCAGAAGGACGAAAGGGAUGUGCGGUGGGCAAAGGCUGGGGAGAAGAGGGAGUGGGAUCGCGGCAAGGAGGGCGGGAUUAGUGGGCUGUUUUCCGAAUUCAACUGA